UGCCCAGCCCGGGUGUCCGCCGCUCGCGCCCGCAGCUUAGCGUUCGGACGCCGCUCGCUUCUCGGACGCCGCGGAAAUCCCGCCGCAGACGGACACAAUGGCGGCGGCGGCCGCCACCACGGCCGCCUGCAGCAGCGCCGGCACCGACGCCGCGGGCGCCCCCGGACUGCAGCCGCCGCCGCAGCCCCCGCCCGCCGCCGCGCCGGCCCCGCCGCCGCCCGAGCCCUCCCGGAAGCCGCGCGUGGACCCGCGGCGCCGCCAGGCUGCCCUCUCCUUCCUCACCAACAUCUCGCUGGACGGACGGCCGCCGCCGCUGCAGGACGAGGAGUGGGGCAGCGGCGAGGAGGGCGGCGCGGCCAGGGCGGGCGCCUGCGGCGCGAGGACUCGGCUCAGCCUGCUGGCCGCCGCGGAUCGGGGCGGCUGCCACGCGCUCCCCGCGCCGGGCACGGCGGCCGCGGCGUUGGCCGCUGGGGCCGGCCCCUGCCUUCCGCAGCCCGCGCCGCUGCCGCCCCUGGUCCCGAGCAGCCACGCGCCCCUGCCCGGCCCUGGGGCGGCGCGCGGGUUCGCGAGCCCCCUGGGCGUGAGCCGGGCGUCGGGGGAGCAGUGGCAGCCGCCCCGGCCCGCGCCACUCGCCGCCUGUGCCCAGCCGCCGCUGCCCGACGGGUCCGGGGGCGCCGGGCAGGAGGAGGUGGAGGAGGACGAUGCCUUUAGCAGCGUGCAGGUGCCGACGGCCGCCUUCCUGGGCUCCGGGACCCCCGGGAGUGGGAGCGGCAGUCGGGGCCGCCUCAACUCGUUCACUCAGGGAAUCCUGCCCAUCGCCUUCUCCAGGCAGAUCUCGCAGAACUACUGCUCCCUGGAGCAGCCGGGCCAGGGCGGCAGCACCAGCGCCUUCGAGCAGCUGCAGAGGUCCCGACGUCGCCUCAUCUCCCAGAGAUCAUCCUUGGAGACCCUAGAAGAUAUUGAAGAGAAUGCCCCUUUACGGAGAUGCCGAACUCUCUCAGGUUCGCCCAGACCAAAGAAUUUUAAGAAGAUUCAUUUUAUCAAGAACAUGCGGCAACAUGAUACCAGGAAUGGCAGAAUAGUCCUUAUCAGUGGCAGAAGAUCCUUCUGUAGUAUAUUUUCAGUGCUGCCGUAUCGCGACAGUACCCAAGUCGGGGAUUUGAAGUUGGAUGGAGGGAGACAAUCCACAGGCGCCAUGAGCUUGAAGGAGAUCAUUGGUCUUGAAGGCGUGGAGCUGGGUGCUGACGGGAAGACCGUUUCCUAUACUCAGUUUCUGUUGCCCACAAAUGCCUUCGGAGCACGGAGAAACACUAUAGAUUCCACCUCCUCCUUCUCCCAGUUCCGUAACCUAAGCCACCGCAGCCUCUCUAUCGGCCGGGCGAGCAGCACCCAGGGGAGCCUUGACACAGGUAGUGACCUGGGAGACUUUAUGGACUAUGACCCAAAUCUCCUGGAUGACCCCCAGUGGCCUUGUGGCAAGCACAAACGUGUUCUGAUCUUUCCUUCAUACAUGACCACAGUGAUUGACUACGUGAAGCCCUCAGAUCUCAAGAAGGACAUGAACGAGACCUUCAAGGAGAAGUUUCCUCACAUUAAGUUAACACUCAGCAAAAUAAGGAGUCUGAAGCGAGAGAUGCGGAAGCUUGCUCAGGAGGAAUGUGGCUUGGAGGAGCCCACGGUGGCCAUGGCCUUUGUCUACUUUGAGAAGCUUGCUCUCAAGGGAAAGCUAAACAAACAGAACCGGAAGCUGUGUGCUGGAGCGUGUGUGCUGUUAGCAGCCAAAAUUGGAAGUGACCUAAAAAAACAUGAAGUCAAGCAUUUAAUUGAUAAACUGGAAGAGAAGUUCCGGCUGAAUAGGCGAGAACUGAUUGCCUUUGAAUUCCCAGUGUUAGUGGCCUUGGAAUUUGCACUCCAUUUACCAGAGCAUGAAGUCAUGCCCCACUACAGACGCCUGGUCCAGAGCUCCUAGCACCGGCCCCAAGGAGGGCCAAGGAUGGUUUCCUCUGAGCUCAGCGGAGCAGCACUCACUACUGGAAAUGCAAAAACACAAUUCAAACCUUCUUUUCCUUUCAACAUAUUUUUGUGGAAAAGCAGUACUGGAAUUUUUUCAAGGGGUCUUUGGUCUGGUUAGCUGAGAGGAGCUGUGAGCUGCCUGCUGCUUGGAGCAAGGGAAGAGGAGACACGCUGAGGACAGACAGGCCAGGCCCUUCCAGCUGUCUUAGCAAGAAGCCUGAGCUGCCCCACCCAGUCUUCCUCCUGGGCACAUACAAACCUUGUGAGCCUGGGCCAGGGACUUCUCUCCAGACCUCUUCCAACUGAGAGCAUGAAGUGCUAGAGCAGACAGGGGAAGAGAAUCCGCAGGAUUGGGGAGAUACCCUCGCUGUGUCAGAAGAGCGUGCCAAUCUAUUUUUGUAUCAGCCAUUAGUGGUAUACUUUCUCCUGGGGUGUGUGGAUGAGUGAGCGAGCAAGAGCCUGAGAGAGACUGCACCAAUCCCAGACACCCAAAACUGGCCCGCCCUUUGUACAGCAGCCUCGGCCUGGGGUCGUGAGCCAGGCUGACUGGCGGCAAUUAUUUCUAGGUGACUCCUACAUAACUCACUCUCAGUGCCAGGCUGCUUGACAUCCUCUGCCCUUAGAAAGCCACACUGUUUUUGUUACUUCUUCUACCACCAGUGGGACAAAGAAGACAAGUGCUCAGUGUUGGAUGAGUUGCAUGGAAGGACAUGGAGUGUGGCACGCUCUGUCCCUUUGUGCUGUCUGCUGUCACCCCCACAGGCAUCUAUUUAACCAUCGCACUUUCCCCACCAUGGAGAUGGCCAAGGUUGUGCUCCAUGGCGUGUAUUCCUGUGCUCUAUGUUAGAGUGCAUAAUAAGCACAUUUAUUGUGCUAUGUGUAUAUAUAAAAGUGUUUUAUAAAAAUCCAGCGUAGGGGUGAGAUGCAUGGUUGGUGUUCUCAGGCUCUUGCAGCUGGGGCAAACCACAUUCUGAGCUGGGGUUGCAUUGAUUAAGGAGGCAGUGGUGCUCAUAACCACGUGUCCAGGGCUGUCAGUGCAGAAUUUUGAUUAAGAUUUGUACUGACUUGCCGGGAUGACCUGUACUGAGGCACGACACCUCGUAGCUGCAAGAGAGAGGUGAGGCACCUGACUGAAGCAAGCCCAUGGCCAUGUAAAACAAGAAUUAAAAUAUUUUCUAUGUUCAUGUAUGUGUGUGUGUAGACACAUGUCUCACCAGUCACCAUGGCCUCCACUGCUAAAUUCCUCCGCUAUUUCAGGUCACACACACACACACACACACCCUACUGAGGUCACAGAUCCAGAGCUGCUCACAUCACCCCGGAGAUGUCGGAGGAACCGGCUGCAUAUGGCUGUCAGCAGAGCUUGAGGGAAUGUGAGUCACAUGGUGGAGAAGCUCAAGCAGCAGCUGGUGAGGGACAAAACAGAAUACUUGACUUCUUCAGAGUCUUAGAUUUAACUGAGUUUAGUUCUAAAUAUUUUGCUAACGAGUUUCCCUGGCCAGAAUCAGUUGAAAGACAAUUUUGGUGGAGGGAUAUGAUUAGCACAUUCUCUUUGGCUGAUGGGAAGCUAGAUCAACUGAUAUUUUGGGUGCACCUGCUAUCUGUUUAUAAAGCAAACUGGGAAGCACGAAGCAUUCAGAGUGUCUCUAUCACUGAAUUGCAAAAUGCCCUUGACCUUCCUCUCUGGUGUGUGUCACCUCGCAUCUCUCUGAUGAGCCGCCUGGCAAUGCCUGCAGGGGGAGAGGCUGUGGGGGGGGGGGGUCCAUUGGACAACAGGCCACCCACCCAAACGGGGUAGGAAGCCUGAGUCCUUCCUGUGUCUUAAAAUCGGGCUAAUAUUCUUGGAUUUGGGGUGAUUUGGUUUUCAGCACUUAAGAAAUGGGUUUAAGUUAUUAAUCCAUUUCUUUUUAAAGUCUCAUUUUAAUUUUAAACUCUGUUAGCCUGUGGAUUUGCUGACUGGGGAGUUUUGUUGGUUUUCAUUUAGUAGGGAGGGGUAGAGGCUGAGAAUGAAGGCAUUUUUUAAAGCAGUCUCCUCAAAACAGUCUGUAACACAAGCUUUCUGGAGGCAAACGAAGACGAGAACGAGGGUGAGGGACACGGGUAGCUCCCAGAGCCGCCCCUGGGAUAUGGAACAUUCCAGAUACUUCCCCAGCCUUGGGCUGAGACUGCAGUGAGGCCACUCAGCAGACUGGUCUAGGGGUUUCUUUGACCUCCACCACAGAGGGGCAGUUUCAACCCCUUCCUGGCCCUGUCCCUCUCAGGACUGCCCAGAAGUGUCUCCAAUCCUCCCCACGCAUAAACAUCUGUGGGGAAGCUCUGCCUGGCCACAUGCUCCUGCCUGAGCCAGUUCCUCCGGACCUGGCCUGGGGACCCGGGCUCCUCUCCUGAGCCCUGCUAGGGAAGAUGGGAUCAACAGCAGAAAGGCUGGUGCAGCUGCCCUCAGAGGAAGUGGGCAGCAGGGAGCUGUCCCGCCUGAGUCCCCUACCCCCAUGGUGCCUGCCCUGGAGGCCUGAGCCCAGGCCAGCCCAGUGACAGCCAGAAGUCACCACUUUUCCUCCUUUUCCCCCUUUCCCCCAUAGAAAACCUAUGUUAAAACAGGUAAUCCAUACAAAAUGCAAAUGCGAUUAGUUUUUCUUGGCUUUUUUUUCUGAUCAAAACCUCUCCUAGCACUCUGUUGUCAUGGGGGGCAGGGCUCAGCUCAGCGUGGGGCGGUCCCUCCUGCCACACAAAUCACUCUGUACCACGUGCCCACCUUAGUGAGCGGGGAGCAGGGGAGGGGCAAGCUUCCUUCCCUCCUCCGUGUUAUCCCUUCCUGUCUGUGCCAUCCCCCAGCGGCAAAUAAAACUAUUUGACACUCGU